AUGAAGAAACCUUUUAUGUUUCUCAGUCUGAUAAUUCCGGGUCCAAAAAGCCCUAAAGGGAACCUUGAUGUGUUCUUGCAACCUCUUAUUGAAGAGUUAAAACUACUAUGGGAGAUAGGAUUGCCAACUUAUGACAUCUCCAACAAACAAAGUUUUCAAAUGAAAGUUGCAUUGCUUUGGACAGUUAGUGAUUUUCCGGCAUACGGCAUACUCUCAGGAUGGACCACGGCGGGUAAAUUAGCUUGCUCAUAUUGUAUGGAGAACACUAAGGCUUUCACUCUUAAAAAUGGUGGAAAACAAAGUUGGUUUGAUUAUCAUCGACAGUUUUUAUCCCAUAAUCAUGUUUUUCGAAAAAAUAAGAGUGCGUUUCGUAAAGACACGGUUGAAAACUCAUCCCCUCCACCACGAUUGAGUGGAGAAGAAGUUUCGAAUCGUGUAUCUUUGUUGCCAAAAACUACUGAGUGCAUAAGGAAUGAAGGUAAGCGGCCUGAAUGGUAUGGUAUCUUACACCAUUGGACAAAGCAAAGUGUCUUUUGGGAGCUUCCAUAUUGGAGAAAACUCUUGAUACGUCACAAUCUUGAUGUCAUGCACAUUGAGAAAAAUGUGUUUGAUAAUGCUUUUCACACUAUAAUGGAAGUUAAGGGGAAAACUAAAGACGAUUUGAAGGCAAGAAAAGACAUGAAAGUGUAUUGUAAACGAAGAAAAUUGGAGACUCGAGUUGUCCUUGAUAGUAAAGGGGGGAAGAAGAUCCUAAAUCCGAAUGCUCCUUUUAUGUUGCCUAAGGAGAAAAGGAAACUUAUUUGUGAAUGGGUGAAGAAACUAAAGUUUCCUGAUGGAUAUGCUUCAAAUUUAGACUUGUUGCCUCUUAAUGUGUGGAAUGUUAUCACUGAAUUGAGCCAAUUCUUUAGAGAUCUUUGUUCGACCACCUUGAAAGUUAAUCAUGUGGUGCGCUUAGAGGAGAAUAUUCCUGAAAUUAUUUGCAAGUUAGAGAGGAUAUUUCCACCUGGUUUUUUCAAUUCUAUGGAGCAUCUCCCUAUUCAUUUACCUUAUGAGGCAAAAGUUGGUGGACCGGUUCAAUAUAGGAGGAUGUACCCUUGUGAGAGUUUAUUUGAAGAACAAAUGAUGAGAGAAUGUGGUUAUCAAAGUCUAGAAGAAGUUUGGAUCAAAUCUGAAGAUGAAUAUCCUAAUUGGUUCAAAGAAUAUGUAUUGGGAAAGGGCAUCAAUAAUGAUAUUAUUCGUUCAUUAUCAUUUGGACCGCUGACAAGAGUUCGAAAAUUCAAGCAAUAUCACAUUAAUGGAUUUCAUUUUCAUGCGUUUGAGUAUGGAAAGAAUAAGUCAACUAUGAAAUAUGGUAUUUGUGUGAAAAGAUCCCAAGGAAAAGAUUUUUAUGGCAUUCUGCAAGAAGUGAUAGAAUUGACUUAUGUUGGAGCAAGAAAGCGCUAUACAACAGUGUUGUUUAAGUGUGAUUGGUUUGAUAUUGGACAUGGUACUAGGAUACAUGAAAAGUACAAUCUUGUUGAGGUAAAUCAUAUAAGGAGAUAUCCAAAGCUGAUUGAGAGAAUGGUUAGAAGCCGAGGUGGACUCAAUGGGAGAAUUAUCAUUAGGCCUCGAACCGCUAAUCCUUCUCGGCCAAUCUCACAAUCAUCUCAAGAUGAAAACCCUGAUUUUGCCUUGGAAGUCCAUAAUAGCUCUCAGAAUGAAGAACAAUCCAUUGAGUAUAACUCUAAUCAUCAUGAGGAGGGCAGGGAUGCCGAUCUUGACGUAGACACUAGUGAAAUUGAAGAGGAAGCUGAAUUCCUACAUGAAACGGGUAAUCCCGAGGCUACUCAAAUUUUGCACAAAACUGAGGGACUAUGGUGA